CCGGGACCGGAAGGAACGGCUCUGGCUGGUCACGUGACUGGAAGUGGUUUGCGGAAAAGACUGGAGAGACGCGCGGGUGGGUGGUGGCGCCGUUCAGACGGGACGCGCGGAGUCGUUUUAUUCUUAUACGCCUUGGCACCCCCAAGACUGGAAGGCUGGAUUAACGGAUUAACCACAGCCUUUGAAGAGCCAUGGAGCACAUCAAGAAGACCGUGGAUCAGGCCCGGGCGGCUUUCGACACGGGCAAGACGCGCCCCUUGGCUUUCCGGAUCCAGCAGCUGAAAGCCCUGAAGAGGAUGGUGCAGGAGAGGGAGGAGGAUAUUAAAUCUGCCCUCAGGAAAGAUCUCAACAAGAACCAGUACAGCAGCUUCAGCUACGAGAUCAUGAACGUGCUGGCCGAGAUCACGGACACUGUGGAGAGCCUCCCCACGUGGGCGGCCCCCGAGCGCAUCCCGAAGACCGUCAUGACCCUGGGCGAUGAGGCCUAUGUCCACCGGGAGCCCUUCGGCGUGGUCUUGAUCAUCGGCGCGUGGAACUACCCCUUCAUCCUCAACAUCCAGCCCCUGAUUGGGGCCAUCGCAGCAGGGAACGCCGUCGUGAUCAAGCCCUCGGAGGUCAGCGAACACACCGCCAAGCUGCUGCAGGACUUGAUCCCCGAGUAUCUGGACAAGGAGCUCUACCCGGUCAUCACCGGGGGCGUCCCGGAGACCACGGAGCUGCUCAAGCAGCGCUUUGACCACAUCCUCUACACCGGCAACUCCGCGGUGGGCCGGAUCAUCAUGGAGGCCGCGGCGAAGCACCUGACGCCGGUGACGCUGGAGCUCGGAGGAAAGAGCCCCUGUUACAUCGACAAAGACUGCGACCUGGAAGUCGCCUGCCGACGUAUAACCUGGGGCAAAUACAUGAACUGUGGGCAGACCUGCAUCGCUCCCGACUAUGUGCUGUGCCACCCGUCCAUUCAAAAUGAAAUCGUGGAGCGGAUAAAGAAGACGCUCAAGGACUUCUACGGGGACGAUGUCAAGAAAUCUCCGGACUACGAAAGGAUCGUGAACCAGCGGCAUUUUAAAAGAGUCCUGGGCCUCUUGGAAGGGCAGAAAAUCGCUCUCGGGGGAGAAGCUGAUGAAACCGAGCGCUAUAUCGCUCCCACGGUCCUCACGGAUGUCAGUCCAAAUGCCAAGGUCAUGCAGGAGGAAAUCUUCGGGCCCAUCCUCCCUAUCGUCCCCGUGAACAGCCUGGAUGAAGCCAUCCAGUUCAUCAACAGGCGGGAGAAGCCCCUGGCUCUUUACGUCUUUGCCCGAGACAAGAAGAUCAUCAAGAAGAUGAUCGCGGAGACGUCCAGUGGGGGCGUGACGGCCAAUGACGUCCUGAUGCAUUACAGCGUCCCUGGAUUGCCGUUUGGAGGCGUAGGGAACAGCGGCAUCGGGGCCUAUCACGGCCGCCACACCUUCGAGACCUUCUCCCACCGCCGCUCCUGCCUUCUCCGGCCCCUGGGCAUGGAGUCGGUCAACAAGCUCCGCUACCCGCCGGCCAGCCAGAAGAAAGUGGACUGGAUGAAGACCUUCGUCCUGAUGAAGGUGAACAAACACAAGUGCGGCCUCGUGCUCCUCGCCCUGCUGGGCGUCCUGGUGGCCUUCGUGGCCAAGAACCGCCCGGCUCCAAUAAGGGCCGAGACCCUCCUGGCUCUUUGGGGAACACAGCAUAUUGGGAGGCUCACUAGGAGCUGAUAAGAUCCCUCUUCAGAACGAGGAGCUUGGAAUUAUCUGAAUCGAAGGUUCACCAGCCACCAUAAAUGGAACAUGCUAAUUUUAGAGGAACGGUGAUUGGGUUGAUUUAAUAUGUGUCUUACAUUUUUUUCCAAUGUUCUUCUUUAGUGGGGUAAGAGCAUCUCCAUGCACUGGCAAAAAAAACCUAGGUUAGUUGGGGGUAAAAACCCAGCAGCUAAUAGCAGAAGAAUCCUUAAUGAGAACCAGUGGCAUGUUUCUGCCUCAUCGAAAACGUAGGCACCAGAUAAAUCAAGGUUAGUAGAAAUGGGGCUGUGCAGGGUGUGCCAUUUGGUAGGUUUCGGUCUCACACUAAAGCACAACUUGACACAAGAACGGGGAAGAUGGUGAUCCUCCAGAUAUCCUUGGGUUGAAGCUCUAGCCUGAUGAUGGGAGUUGUAGUCCACCAAUAUCUGAGGGGCUGCCCCUUCCCUGUCCUUGAUGUAAGGGGAUCUGGACAUUGUAGUCUUCAAAAGUAACAUUUCCACCACCACUAAUGCAUCUCUGCUACCAGUCCUGCAGUUUCGUAAUGUAGUGGUGGUUUGUUGUGACCUCUUGUGGUAACAAACCAUGGUUAGAGUUAACCAUGUUACGUUGGAAACAACUCAGCUUCGAACUGCGGCUUCACCUCCAAAACGCCUCCUGCAUCGUUGCAGGGGUGUUAAUUUUUUAAAAAAGUUAAAAGAUGGGGCUCACGUCAUAUUUCCUGUCCCCACCCCGAGCCGGUAAGUUUCUCUUUAUGAAAGCAAUAAGUAUGGUACCCAUCACAAACUAAUGUAUAUGUAAAACUAUUACUAAAAAAAUCACUAGAUAAUUUUAUAUUUUAAAAUUGUGUAUUCCUAAAAUAAAGAUAUUCUCAAACAUA